UUAUUCAAUGUCUGUACCAUACGUCUUAGACUUUCUCAAAGUCCGUUUUUCCUGGUUCGCUUAUCUCCCGGAAAACGGACUUUUUCCUGUUGCAGCGCGCCAUUUUUUACCGACCUAAAUUUUGGUCGGAGGUGUGUCAGUUCUAAUUGUCCAAUCAAAGAGCGCARGCGUGUGACGUCAUACAUCGUGAUCAGCGAGGCGCAAAACAACUCUCAAACAAAGCUAAUAAACAACUACGAAAUGAAGGAUAUUCGAAAAGCCAUCGACUUCGGUUUAAAGAAACUUGGAUUUAAAGAAAUUAGAGAUCAUCAAAGGAAGGUUGUAGAGGGCUACAUAAGUGGACACGAURUAUUGAUGGUGGCACCAACUGGAUCAGGAAAGAGUCUAACGUUCCACAUUGCUCCGUUUGUGAUCGACUACUGGAACAAUGGCGAUCGAGAAGUUGUCGAUACAGUUUGCCUUGUUAUUGCUCCUUUAGUGUCCCUUAUGAAGGAUCAGGUAUCAAUUCUACGUGAAAAGGGAAUAAAAGCAGUUGUUGUUGGUCCCGAUUUGACAAAAGAAGAAGAAAGUAAAGUCAGAGAAGGCGAGUACAACCUAGUGUUUACAAGUCCUGAAGCGUUGUUUGGAAUCCACYGUGUUACUGUAUUUGCACUGAAAAGUAAAAUAGAUGCUGUAUUUAUUGAUGAAGGUCACUGUGUUGUAAAAUGGUAAGUGUAUUUAAUCAWAAAUWUGAUUUAAUCGCUUUUGAUCUCUAAUAAUAAUUGCRAAACGUGAUUCUCUCGCUUAAAAAUUUUAUCCCUUUUCUCUAGGGGCCAUGKUAAUGGGGUAGAAGAAGCCUUUCGGAAGGAUUAUU